CAUCUCAAUCCACGCCUUCCUCCGUCUCUCAAAACAAACGGGCUAAGAUCGUGGUGGCACCGUCCCUGUCUCUUCUUUAUGAGAGUGGAGUGAAUGAUACGGACACGUCUCUACGACUGCAAAUUUGAAGUGAUUGUUUACAAAGAUAGCGUAAGGUGUGCCGUUUAUCAGGCUCGUUUACUUGUCAGUUUUGCCUUGGCGUUCAUGGAGGACUGGUAGUUUGUUUGUCACUUGUCCCAGAUUCCUCCCGCUACUAAACGACGUCUCUUCUCUUUCUUCUUCAAAUUCUAGGGUUUCCAUUUGCUGCUCAACAUCAACUGUUAGACUCUCAGUCAAGAGAUUCUACUCUAUUUUUAUCUCUUUCCCCUUUUACAUUCGCCGACUUCUCUCUCCCUCUUCUCUCCUCUUCUGAAGAAGAAAUGGCUGAACAGAUUGGGGCAGUUCAACCGGUAGCUUCUUUUGAUUAUGAGCUCUAUGAAGGAGAUCCUGAUCACCUUAGAACUGUAGUAGCUACACCUCCUCUGAUUCACCCAUGGAUUGAUCCUGCAUCAUUGAAACUCAAGCAUAGGAUUGGGCGAGGACCCUUUGGUGAUGUUUGGUUAGCAACACAUCAUCAAUCGGGCGAAGAUUUUGAUGAGUAUCAUGAAGUAGUUGUUAAGAUGUUACAUCUAAUAAAGGAGGAUCACGUGCAAAAGUUCUUAAACAAGUUUGAGGAACUAUUUCUGAAGUUACGGGGACUUUCAGCUGUUUGCUGUUUGCAUGGUAUCUCAAUAAUAUCUGGAAAGAUUUGCAUGGCCAUGAAAUUCUAUGAGGGAUCAGUUGGUGAUCGAAUGGCUCAAUUGAAAGGAGGAAAACUUCCACUGCCUGAUGUAUUGAGGUAUGGUAUUGAUUUGGCUAAAGGAAUUCAAGGAUUGCACUCAAUAGGGGUAUUGGUGCUAAACCUGAAGCCUACUAAUUUCCUUCUUAAUGAACAUGACCAAGUUAUCCUGGGGGAUUUCGGGAUCCCUUACCUACUUCUGGGGAUUCUGCUGCCCAACAUAGAUUUGGCUUUCAGGCUUGGAACCCCAAAUUACAUGGCUCCAGAACAAUGGGAACCAGAAGUGAGAGGUCCAUUAACCUUCGAGACUGAUACUUGGGGCCUUGGAUGCAGCAUUGUGGAGAUGUUGACUGGUGUUCAGCCCUGGUUUGGCAUGUCAAUAGAGGAAAUAUAUCGCUCAGUUGUCAUAAAACAAGAAAAACCACAGCUUCCAAAUGGUCUGCCUCCUGCAGUUGAGAAUGUUGUCAAUGGGUGUUUCGAGUAUGACCUCCGGAAUCGCCCUUUAAUGGCAGAUAUAAUACAUGCAUUUGAAAGCUCGCAGAAUAGCGUUUACAAUGACGGAGAAUGGGUCGGCAUUGGAAGCAGUAUUUUCCUUGAUAAAUCAAAUAGCAGUGGGUACAGUUCAUGGUUCCUCUCAAAGGAUCAUCUCCAAGUGGGUGAUACAGUUCGUUCGAGGAAGGCAUCGAACACUUGCAAAUCAAAAACAAGGGAUGUGCUUGAGGGAACUGUAGUUGGUUUGGAGGAAACCGAUCGAGAUGGAUUUGUGCUGGUGCGAAUCCAUGGAAUGCACAACCCUAAAAGGAUAAACGUAUCAGCUCUUGAGAGGGUUACAUCUGGUUUGGUGGUUGGGGAUUGGGUGCGUUUGAUUGAAGAAAAUGACAAGCACUCCUCUGUGGGAAUUCUACACUCCAUACAGCGAGAUGGAACUGUAACCGUAGGUUUUCUAGGACUCGAGACUCUUUGGAGAGGGCAUUGUUCCGAGCUUCAGAUGUCAGAAACUUAUUCUGUGGGACAAUUUGCAAGAUUAAAAGAAAAUGUCUUCACUCCCCGGUUUGAUUGGCCGCGGAAAAGGGGAGGUGCAUGGGCUACUGGUAGGAUUUCACAAAUACUUUCAAAUGGGUGUCUUGUUGUUAGUUUUCCAGGGAGGUUUGUGUUUGGAGAUGAAAACAAUAGCUUCUUGGCAGAUCCAUCUAAAGUGGAAUCAGUGUCUUUUGAUAGUUGUCCUGGGAUAGUGGAGAAGUAUCAACACAUUGAAGAUUUUCACUGGGCUGUGAGGCCGCUAGUGAUUACAUUGGGCUUGUUCACAGCAUUGAAGAUGGGUUUUUUUGUUGGACAAAAUGUGGGAUCAAGAGUGAAGAAGGGCCGUCGAAAAAAUCAGAUGCCUGGUGAUGGAUUUUCUCAAGAUGGGCAGAGCAGUGGCAAUUCAGCGUGGCUUCCAUCACCAGUGGCGAAUAUACUUUUUAGAGAAGGUCCUUCCACUGCCACUGCUAGGUAACUUCGUAUAAUGGAGAAGUACCCAUUACAUCACCAAUUACUGUGGAACUUUGUAUAAUGUGAAGACAGAUGUAAAUAUGUUUAUACAGAGAUGAUAUGUUGUAUUACAUUUUUACCUUACCAACUCCAAAACUAAGGGUUAUGUUACCUCAGUUUAAGGGUUAUGUUAUUCACUUUUCACAUACUCUUUUCACUCCUACAUAUUUUACACAA